ACUGCACCCCUACGAAGCGAAGCGAAGAAAGUAUUGGUUUCAAGAUGUCAAGGCAUUGUGUGUCGGUUCUUCUCCUGGUUUGUAUCGCACAAGCAUGCUUAGCCUUCGUUCCGAGCUGGACGGCGACGUUCAGGUCGUCACGCUUGCAGCCCCCUCCUUCCACGCCUGCAACGGCGACGUGUUCGCUCUCGCAGCCCUCUGGUGCGACCUGCCCUGUGUUCGGGGCUUGUGGCACUUGUGGGGCGCAAUUUUUUUACCCGGUGCGAGGGAUGACGAGCUUGAGCGCGAUGAGCGAGGGCGACGAGGAGGAGGGGGGCGGCGAUCAUGAUGCGCGAGAAGCUGCCGAUCGCAUUCCGGCGGCGGACGAAAUCCGUGCGGUCCAGGAUGACAUCCGUGGUGUAGAGCGCAAGAUCGAGGAUGCAGAGAAGGAGACGGCAGAGGUUGUCAAGAAGAUUGAUGAUAUUGAGGCUGCUAUUGCUGGGGGCUCCAGGUACCUCGGAAUGACCGACCCCGAAGCCCUCUUGAAGCAACUAGGCAGGAAGGAGGAGCAGCUACGCAGGAAGGAGGAGCAACUCCGCAGGGAGAAGGAGCAACUCCGCGAGCUCCUGUUGAACGAGCUCCUCUUGAAGAAGGAGGACCGGUUCUCCAGGAUUGAGCAGCUCCGUGCCAACAACGCCCCCGCAGCCAAUAAGAACGUAUCGGAUUUUGCGGCGGCAUUAACCGGAGCCGUGGUAACUGAGGACACUCUGGAACUCGCAAACGGCACUUUCUUCCUCGGCAACAGUGACUUGGGAUCCAAGCUGUUCAUCCGUCAUUGUUACAAGGAAAUGGCAGACCUCAUCUUGAGCGGUAAAGUGCAGGAUGUUGUGGUCACUGGCACUCCCGGAAUCGGCAAGUCGACGUUCGGAUACUAUCUUCUGUACCUUUAA